AUGCCAGUGACAGUAACACCACUAGAGAAUCAACCCCUGGGGGCGACAAUUACGCUUCCAGAGGGGUGCACGGAUCCCAGUAAACUGAGCAAAGAGGACUUCGACAUUUUGUACAAAGCUUUGUUGGAAAAUCUGGUUAUUGUCAUCCCCGGCAUGGAAGAAUUGACACCUGAGUCGCAGUGGAAACUAACCACCAGAUUUGACCCAACGUGCGACCAAACGGGAAAGUCGUACGGUCACGGUAAAGAAUUUCGACACGACAAAUCUGUGCUUAGAAAAGACGGAACUUCGAUCCCAGACCAGCCUCAAGUGCAAGUUUUGGGCCAAGGCCAUUGGCCAGCAGGCCACUAUGGAAUGGGAGAAAUCGAUUUGAGACACCCCACGCACUUUGAUUUCCAUAAGUCCCCACUUUCCGACGAACAGGCGUAUGAACAAGACCACACUCGGUUUUACAGGUGGCACAUUGAUUCCGCUUUGUACGAUCUUUCACCACCCGUUGCCACCACUUUGCUUGGUAUCCACGUCCCACCGCACUCAAGAAAGCAGAAGAUUGUCUACGAAGACAAUAACGACGUUUUGGAAGUCACUCAAGGAGCAACGGCAUUUGUUUCGGGCGCAAAAGCAUUUGAGCUGUUGACGCCAGAGGACCAAGAACGUGCAUUGAAAACUAUCGUUGAAUAUGCACCACAUCCUUACAUUUUUAUUUCUCCAGCAAGAGCAACUUCAGAUGGCCUCACCAUGGUCUCUGAGGGCAAGGAGACGCCUUUGGACGAGCUUCCACCAUGGGAGGAUUCUAAGAUCAAGAGACUACCUCUCGUGUGGACAAAUCCCGUCACCAAAAAGCACCAUUUGCAGGUUCAUGGGUGCUGCAUAAAUAAGUUGUUGCUACCAGACGGCUCAAACCUAGAGCUGGAAGAUGCCAGAAAAGAAGUGUACAGAUUGAUGAGACCAGCCAUUGCUCCUGAAAACGUGUAUGCUCACACCUGGAAUAAGGGUGACCUUGCGAUCUUCUUCAACAGAGGCGUCUGGCAUUCCGUCACUGGUCAGUUCAAACCUGGCGAAAGAAGACUGAUGCAUCAAUGCAACAUUGCUUCGGGAGCUGAUCCAAAGACGACUAUUAGCGCUAGUGCAUGA